UUGUGCCGAAUGGCGACACAUAAGAUGUAAAAGAGGAGUAGUAUUAUUAUUAUCUGAAGGAAAAGUAAUAGUGCGAUUGGUAUGAUCCAUUAUAUGAGAUUUGUAAGAGUAUUUGAUAGAAAGAAAGAAACUCCGGCGGCCUUGAAUGACUGAGGAGGACUGUAUGGAGAAAGAGGAAAUGGAUUCGCUGUUUGAGGGAAUGGUUCUCUUCAAUGCUGAUGCUGGUGCUGGCGAUGGUGACGGUAACGGUGAUGUUGAUGUUGAUCGCGGUGCUGGUGAUGCAUCAGCUCCUUCCCCAUCCCCAUCUAUACCUCUUGAUGAGAAUCUUUUCUCGGAUCUAACUCUCACCACUCCUCAAGAUGAACCUCCAUCUCAUCUGCCCUUGCGCCAGAAUUCCACUAGGAGAAGAAAAAAAACUGCUUUAAGGAUAGGAUAUGGCAGAGAUAGAGAUUAUGCUGCUGCUGACGACGACGAUGACGACGAUCCGCCACAAUCUCACCCCCAUACCCACCUCAACCAACAAAAACUUGAACCUGAAGAGGACUCGAGAGACGGAAAAAACAACAACUCUCGAGAUAAUUUGUCUUCCCAUACUCCUCCUAUUUCGUCUAACGAAAUCCCAGUAGAGUUGAAAUUCGAUCGAAUCAGGGCCACCAUUGCAGACAAGCUUAAGUUGGCCCAGGAGGCUGUAAUCUCCGUCUCUGCACUGCGCAAACAAUCUAUCCGUAGCAGAAGAAAAGCUCUCGAAGAAUUCAAUGGGGCGUCUACCCGCCAUACCGAGUUGGAGAAGAAGCUGGAUGAAGCUUGUGAAGCUGAGGAUUUUGAGACCGCUGAAAGGCUCAGUGAAAAUCUUGCUUCCGCAGACAAGGAAAAACAACACUUGCUCACCCAACUCAGAGAUGUCGAGACAUACAGUGAUACCAUUGCCAUUAAGAUGCAGGAGGCUCUUGACUCCCUUAUUCAAGUCGAGGAGGAAUCUGUUUAUUUGCUACGAAGAUUUUCAGAGGAAGCUGCAAGUUAUGCAGAUUCAGUCCUGAUGAAUGCAGAAGCAAUAUUGUCAAAAGACAGUGUUGAGUGGAGUUCAUCAGUUGAAGCCAUAGAAGUCAGCAAAUUUGAAUUAGAAAUUCAAUCCCAACUAGUUCAAGAUGCUAAACAUGUUUUGAAUGAAUCAAUUGAUCACUCAGUGGAGGAUGACCGGAGGGAAGUAAAUGUUCUUUGCAAGAGAAAAGAAGUAUUGGCUGAGGAACUGAGGAAACUGCUUGCCUUAGUGAAAGAGAAGGAAGCAGAAAUAGCAGAAAAUGAUGCUCUCAUUCAAAAAGUUGAAUAUAGUAUAGAUGGGGUUGUCUCUUGCUUUAAAGAGGUUCAAGCAAGUAUAUACAAUAAUUAUGAUAAAUUGCAGUCACACCUUUCUGAGCUGACGGCCGAGAAUGAAGUUUUACUGAAAAAAAAGAAAGAUAUUGAUAGUUACCAUGCUCAACAAGAAUCCAGAGGAGAAAAGAUUAAGAAUAUUUCCAGGAUUUCUGCAGAUGAAGCAAACAUGUAUGAAGAAGUUGUUGGUCUUAGAAAAAGUCUGGCUAUGUUCAUCUUGAAAUCUAAGGCCUAUAGAGUGAACCUUGCCAAAAGUGAAGAAAGGAUUUCAGAGGAGGUGCAAAUUCUCAAGCAGGAAAUUUUUGCUGCAAGAUCUUCGCUUCAGGAGUUAUCUUCAACUAAGUCUAGCAUCCAGCAGGAAGUUGAAUCCCGUAAGCACCGUCUUCUUUUCAUUGACAGAAGAAUUCCGGGAUUGGAGGCAGAGAAGAAGGUUGCAGCUGCUACAAGAAAUUUUAAAGAAGCAGCACGAUUAGCUGCAGAGGCUAAAGCCUUGUGCAUUGAAAAGGAAGAAAUACAGAGGAAAAUGGACAGUACUGAUUCAGAGCUUAGGAAGCUUGAGGAAGAAAUAUGCCAGACGAUUGAUAGGAUGCAAGAAACUGAAGUGCAGGUUUCAUCAAAGGAAAAAGAGUUGGCUAUGGCUAGAUUCCAGAGGCUAAUUUUAAUUGCAAGAGCGGCUAGAGCUGAGAGAUCAGCUGCUUUGGAGUUGGGUGACCAUGAAGAAGCUGAAGCUUUAAUGGCAGAGGCUGAUGCUGCUGAGGUUGAAGCAAGAAAACUUCAACCAAUUUACAAUUUCAAUGAAGAAGAGAUUGAGAAUUUACCGGAACUUUUCAUAUCAUCUGAGCUUGUAUCUACGCUCGGUCACAAGCAAUUGGCGGAGUUGGCUGCUUCUGCAAACAUAGUGGCAUCAUGAAAUUUAUGCAAACUUAAUUAGUGAGAGAGACUUUUGGCUUGGGUUUUACUGACAGGUUUUCCAGACAUAAAUAAAGCAUUUGCGAGGAACUUAUUGGUGAUAGCGAUUUUUCUCAAGAGCACAAGGGACAAAAAUGGCCUUCUUGGAGAGGGCACAACGCUAGUGAUUAUAGGGCGUUCGACUCCUUUGCAAUAUCUUGCUGAGGCGGACACUGCCUGGCUUGCAAACAGAUAUGAUGAGAUGUGAAUUGUUGAAUCUGUGCAGACUAUGGAAAGUUGGAAUUGGUUUGAGCAAACGUUUUUUCCCUUCUUGAUAGUAAGUAGUGUUGUAUGAUUCGUUGAGACAAGCAAGUAUUGUAUGAUUCCUUGAGACGAGCAACCAUUAUGACAUUUCAUUUUGUUUAA